AAUCCUAGCUUCUCACAAGCAACUUUGCGUUCAUCUUAUCGCAAUUUCAAUCAUUAUUAUUGUGUUGCGACCUUUGUGAAGAUGAGUGACGAAAGUAUCUCUGAAUUGUGUGAAAAUAUUUCUUCAAAUGUGCAUUCUUUGGGAUUUGAUGACAAUCCAAACCACACAGCAAAGGAAGCAAUUGUGAUAGUUCCCGGAAAUCCGGGAAUAACAGGAUUCUACGAUACGUUCGCCGAGGAAAUUUAUUUUAAACUUGAUAAGAAGAUUCCAGUGUUGGUGACUGGUCAUCUUGGUCAUCAGGCAUCACAUGUUGAUCCACCAUUGCAGGGCAAUGAACACUUGUACGAUCUCGAUGGUCAGGUGAAGAAUCAGAUCAAAAACAUCCUUUCCACCGUGCCGAAAGACACCAAUCUCUACUUCAUUGGCCACUCAAUUGGCUGCUGGAUGAUUCUGGAGAUGCUGAAGCUUGCCAACAUCAAGCAAAGGACACGCAAGUGUUUCAUGCUCUUUCCCACCAUUGAAAGAAUGUCCGAGAGUCCAAAUGGAAAGUACUUUUGCUCUGCCACAAUUCGCCUUUAUCCCAUCCUGAAGUUCUUCGUGACUUUAAUCUACUGGUUGCCUGAAUUUGUCAAAGGAUUCCUCAUCAGGAGCUUUGCCAAGUGGAAAUCAUACGACAAGACAAUGCUUUCGCCCAUCAAUCACUACAUCAAUCCCGUCGCAAUUGAGAAAUCCUUCACGCUGGCCUUGGAGGAAAUGCGACGCGUGAAGGAGUUGGACAUUCAAGCACUUCAGGACAAUAAGGAUUUAAUCAAGAUGUUCUACGGCGCAACAGACGGAUGGGUUCCGGUGAAGUACUACGAGGAAGUGUGCGAAAAUGUGCCGGGAAUUGACGCUGAAUUGGACAACAAAGGCAUCGCUCAUGCAUUUGUGCUGAAAUCCGGCAAAGAAAUGGCCUCAAUUGUUGCCAAUUGGAUUAGGGAUAUUAUGUAGAAGUUUUUUAAAUUAAUUUCAUUGCAUGACAAGCACAUUCCAUUAUCGCGCUAAAAGAAUUUGUGAGACAGUCAAAAUAUGAUCAAAAGUAAACAUUUCUUUUUAUUAAUGAUUUUUCUCCCUAAGAGAAACUUUUAUUUGACAUUUAGUAAUUAAAAUCCCACAAAUGUGGGUCAAUUUAAAUGGGAUUUACACAAAAAUGGCACUAAUGAUGGCUCAUUAGCCUUGAUUUGCAUUAUACAAAAAAAUUUGCACACUCAAAGCACCAAAAGAAAUGCGGAGAAAAUGCUAAAAAUACAAAACAAUGUGAUUUUAUAUUCAAAUGUUUUACUAUGAUUUAAAUAAAAAAAAUUACUAUAUAGAAGAAUAUAUACAAAAGUUUA